AUGUGCGAACCUCCUCACUACCAGCAGCACAGAUCUCAGAGAUCAAGAGGAGGAGGAGCGAACGUGGCUUCAUGUGUAGUGGCAACCCUUUUCCUGCUCUUCCUGGCCAUUGUCGCCGUCACCGUAUUCUUCUUCCUUUUCAAGCCCAAAGACCCCAGAAUCGCCGUCGAAGCCGUCCAAUUCCCGGCAUUCUCCGUCUCCAACGGCGCCUUCAACUUCACCCUCUUCCAGUACGCCUCCGUCACCAACCCCAACCGCGACGCCUUCACCCACUACGACAGCUCCCUCCAGCUCGUCUACUCCGGCAGCCCCCUUGGCCUCGUCUUCAUCCCCGCCGGCCAGAUCCCCGCCGGCCGCACCCAGCACUUGUCCGCCAAGCUCGACGUCCACCAAUUCCCCCUCGCCUCCUCCGCCUCCACCUCCGCCUCCGCCCUGCCGGCCACAGCCGUGGGAGUGGCGGAUCAGGCCAUGGAGAUAGAGACGCGGAUGAAGCUUGUGGGGAGGGUUAGGGUUUUAAAGUUGUUCAGUCAUAGAGUGGAGAGCGGCGUGAGAUGUCGAGUCGCCAUUCGAAUGAACGACGGUUCCGUGGUGGGCUUCCAUUGCUGA